AUGGAUGGAGCGGCGGAAAAUGCACACAAAGUGGCUCAGCACAUAUUACCAGAUCGCCCGCACCAUCUUUCACUGUCGUUCGAUCGCCGUUUUCCCAAGUCAGACGGCUGGUGGUUCCGAGGCCCUAGCAGUGCACUACAAUACAUGACCUACAUCUCUGCUGCGCAACGCGGGGUUCUCACCACACGUGCUAGCUUUGAAAUUCGCGACGAACCGCCCCCACCCCCGAUGCCCGUCAAGGCGCUCGCCAAAGGCGAGACCAAGAAGAAACUGUCAUUUACCGAUUACCAGAAUAGAAAGAAAUCCGUGUCGCCAGUCGAGAACGGCGUUUCGACCCGACCAGAGACUAAGACAAUCGGGACGGUCCACACGAAGCUCCAGCCGCCGAAGAAUGACGCCAAAAAGGAGGAGAAGGUGAAAGUCAUUGAACGGGCACCUGUGUCACCUCACGCUGACGCGCGGUUGGAUAAGCUUCGUCCAGAACCGAGGCCAGAAAUCAACGGAGACAGAUCUGUGGCCUACGCGCCCAGGCGGCCCGCACAAGGCACAGACGACGCCAGCAGAUCUAAGACAUCUCGGACGAAACUGCAACGCGAGCUAGAGGGCCGCAAACGGGCCGCCGAGACGAGCAGCGAUCUGCCCCCUCCAAAGCGUACCAAAGGCGAAACCAUCACAGCUAAAAUGGACCGACCACGGCCGCCUAACUCGGGCUCGCCGCGGGGUAGGGAAGCCCCAGAAAAGCCCCCAAGGGAGAUGAAGACGAACACUUUACACCCGACGAUGAACGGAAUGCCUCCCUCAUCGACCGACAGAGAACGCGAAACUACAUCAUCACCACGAUCUACUAUUCAGGUCAACGGAUCAAGGCCACGUUCGGACAGCGGAACCUCAACCCCUCGAAAGCCAGAGACCCUGGGCAAGUCAUCUCUCCCCCGGCUAUUAUCGCCCCUCCCCCCUUCUCUCUUCGAGGACGGGAGUGAGAAAGUGGUCCUGCCCAUGAUAAGGUCAGGGGUGAAGGCACCAAAACCGGAGAGAGAGAAAUCAAGGAAGGAAGUUAAACUACCAGUGCUCCUCUCACCCACCUUGCCACCGAUCAUCGAAGAGAUACUUGCCCAGAAGGAUCGAAAACAGACAGGAUCCAAGGGGGUGUCAAGCCAGUCCAACCAGUUGUCUGACUCCUCCGGAAGUGCAAGGAAGACGAUAGUCGCCGUGGGUCCUGGACAGACCCUGGAUGCAGAGGAUAGAUCUGGCCGACCAUCCAGGAUUGUUACUCUUAAAUACAAAAAAGGCACAGCCAAAAGGGUGAAGGAGCUUUUGAGUCUCCCUUCGAAGUCCGCCAAGGACGCAUUGAAAAAGGAGCGCUCGCAGAGUGUGGAAGCGACGCCUCCACCGGCCAAGAAGCGGCCGCGGACUGGAGAUGACGUCUCGCAUGAUACAAGUGCUUCUAAACGGACUAAGGCGUCCGUUGAUGCCAUUGCAGCCAAACCAGCCGGACCGACAACCCCACUCAAACCAACCGCUACAGCCAUGUCUCGGGUAACGUCAAGCCAGUCAAUGGGACAUAGCAACACCCCGGCGGCGACGACAGGCCUCACGCCCAGUGCUUCUGAUAACCGACCCCCCACCCGGUCGGAGCCUCUAGACCGCAAGACCAUGGCUCAAGCCGAAUCCUACAAGGAGCGGCAUACUGAAUACCAGCGCCUCGGCAGUCGGCUGAAGCACGCGCGGGACGACAUUUUGCGGGACCGCGGCACGGCGAGCAUGACCGCUAACGAGGAGCGCCGCGCCAUGGCGUUACACUUUGAGAUGGUUCUCGCCUACAUGGUUGCCUUCGACUCCCUAAACCAGUCACGUAUGUUAGAGCGUAAGGUCUGUGAGGUUUCUGCUUGGGAAACGCUGCUCCCGCACCUAUCUGAGUUGCGUAACCGAGUACAGGGCAACCGGGCCCUCCGAGCCCUUGCCGUCCAAAUGCAUGUGGUAUGCCUGGAGCAAAUCACGAAUGCCUUUGCGACGCUAGAUCCCGGUGUAGCGGCAGCUACGUUUACUCGCUGGUGCAAGUACAACCGGAAUCGAGUCCUUAUGUGGAGCGAGGCCAAUGCCAUGUGGGAGCGAGUGGAUGAGCCGAGGAUGCGCACCCUUAUUGCGCCGUGGACGUCGUUGGGCGACGCAGUGGCCUCUGCCCUGGCGAUUAUGAAGCGCUGGGCGGACAAGGAUGGGGUGCGCUGGCAGCCGGAAAUCCAUAUCAAAGGCGGAGAGAAGGAACGCGAGAAGGAGCGCGAGAAGGAGCGAGAUGUUGUCAAACCGAGAGAUAGGGAGAGAGAUAGAGAGCGUGAGCGCGAUCGGGAUCGAGACCGCGAUCGAGACCGAGAUAGGGACAAGGACAGGGACCGCGAACGCGACCGAGACCGAGAUCGAGAGCGCGAUCGGGACCAGGAAAGGCCUAGACACGCGUUAAAUGGGUCGAGGUAUUGA